AUGGAUGAUUACUCGGAGAAGAGUGCUGAUGUCGGAUAUCUACUGAUUGAAUAUAUUGAACAAAGUCGAGGUGCAAUGCUUUCAACCAGCUGGAAUGAUUGCCGAAAUGACAUGAGGCUCAGAACCAACUUCAUGAGAGAUCUUGCUCGUAUUCUCCUGAAAAUGAGUAGUAUCCCUCUGCCUUGCAAUGGGUAUUUUACUAUCGACAGAAGUGGUGACUUGGCCUUGAACAAUCGACCGCUCACAAUGCAGCUUCAGAUAUUGGAGAAUGAGAACAUUCCAGCAAGUCUACCCCAGGAAUAUACUUAUUCUACCGUUGACUCCUACAUAACGGAUCUAUUGAGUACUCACGACAGUCGAUUACAAAAUCAGCCAAACGCAGUGAAUAAUAUUGGGGACUGUAGUAAUCAAAUGUCAGCACUGACCGCAAUGCGGGCGAUUGCUCCGUUGUUUUACGACCAGGAUCAACGUCGAGGUCCUUUCGUCUUCACGCUCACCGACCUUCACCAAAGUAACAAUUUGGUUGGUCAAGAUUGGCAUAUAACGGUGUCUACUCGAUCUGGAAUGGGCUUGCUCCCAGCCGAUGCAAAUGAUCGAACUUCCAUACUGGUUAACAAACAAAGCCGUCGAUAUGGUUGA